AUCUAUCUGUUGUUACUUCUACAGCUUUCAAAAUAUUCAUGGUGUCCACAGUAACUUGGAGGUACCUUCGUUGGUCCAUUGCAACAAUCGUUUUUUUCUUUGUACUCCUUUCGCUUCGUGUAUUUACUCCACCAAGGUCCAGAUAUUUACAACCUCCAUUUAAAGCGAUGACAGACCAGGAGAAAACUGAGACAUGUGACUGUAGAAACAUAAUCAAGGAAAGAGAGAAUACAACAAAGGAGAGAAAUGAUACAACCAAGGUACGUGAAGAUACUAAGGCAGAUGUAAAGACAACUGAGAAAGGAACUUCACGAAAUCCACUCCCAACUAAAAUACCUCUUAGAUCAUAAAAGUAUACCCUCACCGGAUUUUGUUAACAAGGUUGGAGACCUUGCCAAACGCCUUGACGGCAAAUCAGAACCACCAACUCCAAAUAAUGGCAUGAACAAUGACAGUUUGAAUGUGUGUCCGGAAGAAUACAAAGGCAGCAAAUUUGGUUACCCAUUUUAUUCUACAGGUUGGGUCCUUACUAACUGUAUCAAUGUCAAACCACUUAGCUCCGUCAUAAGUGUUUUAAUAAACACUGUCGCAUAUCCAAAAGAAGAUGACAAACACAUUCGUAAUGUAAUAAAGGGUAUCAAUGAUACCUAUCCAAUAGUUCAAGUUUACGUAGCAACGCGCAGUGACGAUAUCAUAGAAAUGGCCAAAGAGUACGAAAACAUUGACGUGGUUAAAGUCGAUGAUACAAAUGCAGCAAAAGUGUGGAACAUGCUUAAAGCUAAAGCCUCCACACCUUAUGUGCUGGUCGCACGUGAUGUGGUUCACUUCUCAUGGUUCACUCAAAUAGAAAGACAAAUUCGUGUGGUCAGUCAGAUACCAAAUGUAAAAGUUGCCGGGGGAGCAUUUCGGAAUAUUUCUGGUCACUGGAAAGCAGGAUGUGUGCAAACCAAACUACUAAACUACGUGCUAGAAUAUCAAGAAGGCUACUUUCACUCACAAAAUGCAUGCAUGUUUUGUGAUUUUCUGCAAGGACCUUUUCUGACUAAAACAGACUUGUUUAAGCUGGACGAAAGUCUUCCAAACGAAGUAGUAUUUGAAGACUGGUUCUUGCGCAUUAGAAAGGAUGGCCACCAAGUGAUGACCUGCCCUGACGCUAUGUAUUUCACUUUGGAUUACUUUUCGUAUACCAAGAGCACUAAAAAAGAUGUCUGGACACCUUUGGCAAAAAAGUGGGGGAUUAAUCGCGUAUUUUUGCCCCAGGGGAUCAAAUUUUCAUUCUCUUGUGACGAUAUUGGCGUCUCGUGCAAGGCAACUCACGAAUUACUCCCAAUUUGUUGCCUGGAAGAGUACGCACAUCUCUUGACAGUCCUUCAGAAGUUCUGUGGUGAAAGAAAUAUUUCAUUUGAACUCGAUUCUGGUUCUAUUCUUGGUGGUGUUAAGUUCGAUGGUCUCGAGAAAAUGGGAAAAUUAAUUCAUGGUUUCACGUACAUGGGUUUCCGUGGCUUUUACAUCGAAGUUUGGGGGAUGUGGAACACGACAAAUUGGCUGCAUCUUCCACCAGAGCUACGAAACCUUGCAUCGUUCACCAAAGCGAAUAUAAGAGGUAACUGGAUUAACACGGCAUGCAAUCCUGCUUUGUAUGUGAGGGGUCGUUAUGGAAGAGAAAUUUUGAAACAUGCUCAGUCCUGGAUAAAACAAGGACUGGGAAGUGGUUGGGGGGAAUACAAAGCUGGCACCUUCAAGCCGUGUAAUAAACCAAAGCAUCAUUCAUGCUUAGAUAAUUUGCCAGCCGAUGGUAAUAUUCCGUUCUUUGUG